AUGGGCUGUGACACGGUGGGCACCUCAUCCAUGAUGUCCCUGUUCCUGCUGCACAGCCCCGGGCUGAGGGGGAGUCUUCGAGAGCUGAUGAUGUUGAAGCUCUUUGGAAUCAUCCUUUUCUGUGGGCUCCUCUCACCCUCCCAAGAAGUCCUGUCCGGGCUGUCCUGCGCCGUCAGCCCGGGGGCCAUGCAGAACGUGCUCUCCAAUGCCAUCCUUCAGAAAGGGCUCCUCCAGCAGCACCUCCAGGGCCUGGUGCUCCCAAACAUCAUGGGUGAUGGGGGGCCGCUGACCUCUCCCACCAGCAUCACUGGGUAAGCUGCGGCUGGGGGGGGGGGGGGGGGGCUCUCGGUGGUGCUGCUGCCCAGCAUCGGGGUCCAGCUGACCAUUGCUGCCCGCCUGGAGCUCAGCGGCAACUGCCUGGUUGGCCUUCUUUCAGAUCUAAUUGACAUUUUAGUGGAUGUGAGCAUUACUGCAAACAUUAAAUGCACGAAUUUUGAGUCAGGCACGGUCCAGGUCGUCGUUGAAGACUGCCUGUGCAUUCUGGGUGCCAUAAAGAUCAAGCUCCUUGCUGGGCUACUCUCCCUCUCAGUAAAUGACAUAGUGCUUAACAAGCUGACAGCAACCCUGCCUGGUUUGCUGUGUCCAGUGGUCGAUAUCGUGGUCAACCUUGUGAACAUCCAGCUCCUGGGCACCCUCAACGCUGUGAUCCCAGUGGGUACAGCAGGAACCAUUCACUACCAGCUGGCCAGCCUGCCCUUCACCUCCGGCCACUUCCUGUGCUUGGAUUUAGACGGUGUGGUGAAGCAGGUGGGAGGCAGCAUCAUCCCCCAUGACUCGUCCCCCUCUGCUUUGCCUCCACUGCUGGACAAGCUGCUGGUCCUGGUGCUGCGCCAGAGCUUUCUCAACGCAGUCCUGUUCCUCCUGCUCCAGAUCCCACCACAGACCUUCCCCUGCACGCCAGAAACGUUCUCUGGAGCCAGCAGUCUGCAAGAAGCCAUCAGGACCCUCGUCCCUGCUGGGUGCUCUGCCUGCCAAGGGACCAGUCCUCUGAGCAUUAAGAUAUCAUUGGCUGGGAAACCACUCAUCCUCUUGGAAGACAACAAAGCCACCGUCCAGCUUUCAGUCAUGAUUCAGUUGUUCAUCAAGCGUUUAGAUGGGCCCAUCCUCAACCUCCUGCUGUUGAAGGCUGACCUCGGUCUGAGCGCCCAGGUGUCCGUGGCUGCAGGGAGGCUGGUGCUGGGCUUGUCCCUGGGCAGAACUUCCCUCUCCUUGGAGUCUUCUGAGGUUGGCAUCAGCAAUAUCUCGACCUUGAAGCCCCACUGCAGAGCUCUGCUGCUGGAAAAGCUGAUGCCUCUCCUCAAUGAUGCUCUGAGCACUGGGAUCCCUCUGCCAAACGUGCUGGACAUUCCUUUGCUAAAGGUGGAUGUUCAGAUAUUACUGGGCCUGGUGGUGCUGCUGGCGUGA